GGCCGCGCGGCGCCCACAGACCCCACACGCGGCGGCGGCGCUGAGCUUCCCGAGAGCAGUGGAAUGGUGCGGAGCGCCGCGUUCCCUCUGCGCGUUCUGGGACAGUCCUCAACAAUGGAGAUCCAACAGAUGUGCACAAAAUUAUGCCAACACAAACGCCAUGACCUGAAAGAUGAUGUCUCUGAGAAACAGUGUCCAGUCACUGUGAAUCCUCGUCACAUGAAAAAAGCUUUUAAAGUUAUGAAUGAACUGAGAAGGCAAAAUCUUUUGUGCGAUGUGACACUUGUAGCUGAAGAUGUUGAGGUUUCAGCCCAUCGCGUUGUCCUGGCAGCUUGCAGUUCCUAUUUCCAUGCGAUGUUUACAGGUGAAAUGAGCGAGAGCAAAGCAAGGCGAGUUCGGAUAAAGGAAGUAGACGGCUGGACACUGAACAUGCUCAUUGAUUAUGUCUACACAGCUGAAAUCCAGGUUACAGAAGAGAAUGUACAGGUCUUACUUCCAGCAGCAGGACUCUUGCAGUUGCAGGAUGUGAGAAAGACAUGUUGUGAUUUCCUGGAAUCCCAGCUUCAUCCUACCAAUUGUUUAGGGAUUCGAUCCUUUGCUGAUAUGCAUGCCUGCACAGAACUCUUGAAUCAAGCCAACACGUAUGCAGAACAGCAUUUCUCCGAGGUAGUGUUUGGCGAGGAGUUCCUCAACCUUGGCAUAGAUCAAGUGUGCAGCUUGAUAGCCAGUGACAUGCUCACAAUCUCCUCCGAAGAAAAGGUUUUUGAAGCCGUCAUUGGCUGGGUGAGACAUGACAAGGAAGCCCGGCAGGAGCACAUGGCACGAUUGAUGGAGCACGUGCGUCUGCCUCUUCUCACACGGGAAUACCUGGUGCAGAGGGUAGAAGAAGAGACACUGGUAAAAAAUAGUAAUGCAUGCAAAGAUUACCUCAUUGAAGCUAUGAAGUAUCAUUUGCUUCCUGCUGAUCAACGGGCAUCGAUGAAAACAACACGAACAAGACAAAGAACUCCCAUCAGCAUUCCAAAGGUCAUGGUUGUGGUGGGCGGCCAGGCACCAAAAGCCAUCCGUAGCGUGGAGUGCUUUGAUUUCUCAGAGGAACGCUGGUACCAAGUGGCUGAACUUCCCUCCAGGAGGUGCCGAGCAGGUGUGGUGUGCAUGGGUGGAUUGGUUUAUGGUGUUGGAGGUUUUAAUGGUUCUUUGAGAGUGAGAACAGCUGAUUCGUAUGAUCCGAUCAAAGACCAGUGGGUGACCAUUGCUAACAUGCAGGACAGGCGGAGCACACUGGGAGCUGCAGUACUGAAUGGAUUGCUUUACGCUGUGGGGGGAUUUGACGGAAGUACAGGUUUAUCGUCUGUAGAGGUGUACAAUGUCAAAACAAAUGAAUGGUUUCACGUGGCCCCAAUGAACACGAGGAGGAGUAGUGUUGGUGUGGGUGUGGUGGGAGGCGUGUUGUACGCAGUUGGUGGCUAUGAUGGAGCAUCGCGGCAGUGUCUUAGCUCUGUAGAGGCUUAUAACACAAACAAAAAUGAAUGGACCUACAUCGCUGAGAUGAGCACCCGAAGGAGUGGAGCAGGGGUGGGAGUGUUGAACGGUUUGCUCUAUGCUGUUGGAGGUCACGAUGGCCCACUGGUGAGGAAAAGUGUGGAAAUGUACGAUGCUUCUUUAAACUCCUGGAAGCAGGUUGCAGACAUGAACAUGUGCAGGAGGAAUGCAGCAGUGUGCACAGUGAAUGGUCUAUUGUACGUCGUCGGGGGAGAUGAUGGUUCCUGUAACCUUGCAUCCGUGGAAUAUUACAACCCAGUGUUAGAUAAAUGGCUACUUCUACCACAGUGUAUGAGCACAGGAAGAAGUUAUGCAGGUGUUACAGUGAUUGACAAGCCUUUAUGACUGAACAUGCGCAGUGAAGACUGGAUUCUGCGAUGAAAUGGUUAUUUCAUGAAGUAGCUCAACUUUUUAGCACUUCCUUGCUAAUUGGCACAUUAGCAGCGAGCAUUUAGAGCAGUGUGGAAGAGGCCAGACAGCCAUGUCUUGUCAACAGGAAUAGAAGAUUACGAUGAUUUGCACUUGGAACAGAAGCACUACAUGGAAAGGAGCUACAUUACAGCCAUCAGCGAGUCAUGCUGGAAUGAAGCCUGGCGUAGGAUUUGACUUCUAAAAGUUGAUAUAGAGAAACACUGACAUAGGUCAGGUAAAAUAGACUUGAAGGUAUUGCAUAAGGCAAUGCAGUACUUUGUUGCGGUUGCCACGGAUAAACAAUCACACACAAACCUUGUGAAAAGGAAAACAAGGAAACGGCUAAAUAUUGUGCAGUGGCAAUUAAUACGUCAAACUGUGGAGGCCAAUGUGUUUGGUGCCAACGGUUUUCUUUUGGUUACAAGAUCAUAAUUUUGUCGACCCCCUGCAGUUGGUGCAGCACACAAAGACUUGAGUAAACUUAUAGGUUAUUGGUUUGGCACUAAGAAAACUGUUAGUCGAGGACAGUAUUAUUUGUAGGGAAGAAGUGUUCAGCACUAAAUUGACAUUUUUGAAAGAAAAGAAAAAAAAAUCAUGACUGUACCAAAACUUUUAAAUGCAUUUUAAGAAAAAAAUUCAUGCAGUUAACAAGUACAGGAAGAUUUUGAUUGUACAAUUUUACUCACUGUUUCUAUUAAAUCAUGACUGUUUUGAUGCAUUCCUGUUUUUUUGUGUCUCUUGCUUUACCUGAAGUAGCUUUCGGCAUGAAGAGCAGUUUUGUAGGUUUACGUUAAGUGUGUGCGUUUUCACUGAAUCGCAUGAUGUGUUCGCUGAUACACCGUACAUUUAUGUACUGGUUAGGUUUGCUGCUGGUUUGAAUAAUACUUGCCAAUUUUGUUCAGUAUUUUGAGUAAAUGCUGUAAGGGAUAUGAACAUUCUGAGGAAUUAAUUUCAAUUUUUGGGGGAGAAAAUUUUAAACUGUUUCUGCAUCCUUCUAAAUUAUUGUUUGAAUAAAACUUUCUAUUGUGUUUGAUUGUAAA